CAUUUCAUCUUCAUCUUCAUCUUCAUCUUGUGUACAAAGAUACAUGGGGAGAAAAUGCAUAAUUUCCGUGCUUUAUGCAAUCCUGAUUGCCAGCAUUGCAAUGCCUGUGGUUCUGGCGAUUGACAAACGGCCGGUGGCCGUAGAAAGGUGGUUCAAAAAGCUCCCUCAUGCAAAAGAAAAGUUGACCAAACUUCACUUCUUCUUUCACGACGUUGUGAGUGGCAAAAAUACAACGGUGGUCCGGGUGGCAGAAUCCAAAGCCACAGCCAAAUCACCAACCGUCUUUGGAGCGGUCUUUGUCAUGGAUGAUCCACUGACAGAGGGACCCAAACCCGAUUCCAAGAUAGUGGGUCGAGCUCAAGGCAUUUAUAGUCCAGCUUCAAUGGAGGAGAUUUGUUUUUUAAUGACCCUAAAUUUUGUGUUCACAAAUGGCCAGUACAAUGGCAGCAGUCUCAGCGUGGUUGGGCACAAUGCGAUAUUUAACAAGUACCGGGAGAUGCCAAUUCUUGGUGGCUCCGGCCACUUCCGCCUUGCACGGGGGAUCGCCACUGCCAAAACUUACCUCAUUAGUGAUUCCGGCAAUGCCAUUGUGGAAUACAAUGUCAUGGUCUUGCAUUAUUGACGCUCACCAUAAUCGUGUCUUUCUUUUGUUCAUUAAUUAGUGUUACGUUUUUCCUCUUAAAGUUCAUUAAUUGGAGGUAGACGAUACGUCCUUGCUAAAUUUGUUUUUCAUUUUUACCUUUUAUUAUCAAUAAAUACUCCAAUUUUAUGGUGGUUGAAUAAGAAAGGAAGAAAAACAAAGAUAUUUUGA